AGGCAUCAGUUUGUAUUCAUCAUCAGUCGAACCCACAACAAAUCCGAAGAUGAAAGUAGUGGCUAUUCUUUUGCUCAGCAGUCUCACCGUUGCUUUGGUGGUGGCAUUUCCUAGUAACCACGUUGCAGAUGCUGAUGUGCCAGCUGGUGGCUUAUAUGCUGUUGCAGUGGCCCCUGCAGCAGAUGCGGGAUCCGCCGAAUCGCCGACGUCGAAUGCAGACCAAAACACUAACAGCAUUCGCAAGCCUCGUCAUCUUCUGAGCAAGCUCUUCGGAUCGAAGACCGUGGUGGUCCAGCCCAUCAUUAUCGAACGUCCUGCAUUCCCUGCAGCCAACACAUACCAUCAGUAUCCCUAUGAUCAGGGCAGGCGUUUAGAGUCGGCGUAUAUUUAUUAGAGCCGGAUGUCUUUAAGAUUUAAUUUUUAGAAAAUUUAAUAAAAUAAAAAUUCUUGGCCUUUAAGUCGUAGAUAAA